UUGGACGACGUCGGCGAAAGAACGAUGGAGAGCUACUCUUUAUGCUUGGCGGUCCUAUAUCACCACGUCAAGUCGAAGCAUGGACGUGUAUCGAUUACAGACGCGGAAACGUUGAUGUCCAAGGCCAACGCUAAGGUGAUGUCUGACGCCGGUGGAGUCCGGCAACUUGUGGAGCGGUAUGGAGCUCAUGCGCCGCUGCCGCUGAAAUUUGUCGCGUCCCGCUCGUGCAUUGAGUUCAAAGACACCGCUGCUGCUAUGAUAGCUUUGGCUAAAGCAGUGCAAGCGUAUCCGAAGACACCGAGCCAAGGUUUACUCGGCAACUUUCGGAAACAACACCCGCAAUAUGCGUUCAUGUGGACGAACAAGGCGUUGGCGUCUUGCAAACCCUUCAUCGAUCUCCAUGGGUCCUCGAUCUCUGGAUCGUUCUUGUGGGAUGGCGAUGUUCAGGUGAACAAUGUCCUUCCGCAGAUUCUUCGUUGGGUUCCGAAUGCACCCCCCGCACCGUCACCGUCGGCGGCAUCGUCAAAUGCAAUCGUAUACGUCAACUCGCUAUCCCAUGGCAAACAAGUGUUUGAGCUCUUGAGUGCCUCAACCGUGUUGUUCAUCGACCUCGAAGGCGACCUGGAACCCAACGGCCGCAUCAGUUUGCUCCAAGUUUCAGGCAGCCACGACCCCCCGACAGUGUACCUCGUCGACACGCUAACCUGUCCCUCCAUUCUUCGGGACUCUCAAGUCAAGCGCGUGUUAUCUGCGGCGCUAGUGGUGUUACACGACGCCCGCCGCGACACCGCCGCCCUGCGAGGGCAGUUCCAGAUCGUCCUUUCCUCCAUCUUCGACACCCAAGUGGCCCAUCAGCUCCUCGAGGGCAACCAUACCCUCAUGGCGGGUCUCAAUCUUGUAUUGUCGUUGUACGCGAACGUCACAAACACCAUGAAGACCCAGGUCGUGCACCGGGAAGGGCUGUGGGAGCAACGUCCACUGCCGCCGCUAUUGAUCGAGUAUGCCGCCCAAGACGUGGUGCACCUUCCUGUCGCCUAUCGAGCGAUGAAGGCCCGCAUGACAGACGCCAUGUACACAGCAUGCUUGGACCAGUCCAAGGCCAGAGCGACGACUGGCGCCACGUCCUCCGCCGCCAUCCGACGCACCCUCCUCCAAGUGUCCACGUAUCUACUCCAAGCCGGGGGGUAUAUCCACCUAAGCACCUCCAGUGCCUUGUACGCAAAGUUCCCCGCACUCCAUGUCCUCAAAGGUCGCGGCACAUUGAGUGACUUCUUCCACACGUAUGGUCCCCUCGUAACCCCAUCGAUUGUCAUCGUCAACGACAAGCUCAUGCUGCAAACCAUGGACACGGCGGCAGCCAUGACCCAUUUGGCGGCGUUCCUUCGCCUCAACGGCGGCAAGGUGGCAGCGGCGUCGCUCACCGACUUUUACAAGGCGUACCCUGGCGUGCAAGCUGUAUUGAAACCCUCCAAGAACUCGAGUCCUGUCGCGUUUAUCAAGCGACACGGGGCGAAGGGGACCCCCCCCAUCGUCGUGCAAGGCGCGUCCACGCUCGUCUUGAAAUCUGCGUCCCCCACUCCGUCUCCCCGUCGUCGUCCAAUCGACAGCGGGGGCGAACCAAUCUCCCCCGCCCAACUGAUCAAAACCUAUGGACGUCGAUUCGCCCAAGACAAAUGGGGCGUCGCGGUCACACAUGACGCCACGUUUGCAAAUGUGCUAACUGUGCACGUCCCAGCAAUCCAAACGUUUGUGCUCACCAACCAAUCAACCGAGGUCGUGUCUCUGCGACGCUGUUUUCGAGUGGCCACGCCAUCAUCGUCUUCUGCGGCAAAGUCGCCGUUCCGACUCACAAACGUCGGCCCGAUGACGUUGGCGCCAUUUGGGGGAUCCAUCUCGGUGGCAUGUCGCUUCCUGUCCAACAUACCCGGGCGGUUCCACGGCGUGGUCGCGUUUGAGUUUGAAUCUGCGACGAGAACGCUGUUUGUGAUUGGUCGGGUGUUCGAGGGCGUGGAUUGUGUGGAUGCCGCCAUGGAUGCUGAGACGCGGCAGUUGAUCCAACAAGGAACAUCGCGUCGACAGAAGAAACGGCAUCCCAAACAACUGCACUUUGCCCCACCCGCGUACAGCCACACGGCAUCUCGCAACGGCGACAUGGCGGGGUUUGCCGUCCCCCUCGGUCGGCAUGCGCUGCCAGCGUCAUGGAGUACUAGCGCCAUGGACACGGACGACUUGACGUUGACAAUGUCAAACCACACUCGUCGAUUCCAAGACUUGUUGUACCGGGAAGAGCAAGAAUUGCUUCGACAACAACGCGAGUAUGACAUGGAGCAUGCGACGUUGCACAGGAAGACCCCCGUGUUGUUCGAGUUGGCCGUCCCCGGGCUCGCGGAAGGACGCCCGUCGUUGGUCGCUGGCGACAAAGUGCUCAUUCGGCACUCCUCCUCCUCGUCAUCGCCGACGUUUCAAGGCACGAUCACCCAGGUCCGUCUGGAUGGGAUCUACAUUGCGAUGCCGGCUGCGUUUUCACGAUCUUCCGCGGGGCCGUUGUUCAAUGUUCGCUUUGUGUCAUCGCGCACAUCCACACGACUCGAACACCAAGGACUCCACGCCGUGUCGGCCGAUAUGCACACGGCCAUGCUGUUUCCAUCGACAGAGCAAUUGAUGGUCGGGCGACAAGGGUAUCACAAACCCUCCUCACCGACGUCGUCGUCUCUAGCACCAAGUCACACGACCGACCUUUGCUUUUCCCGCCCAAUCAACCCCGAGCAAGACCUCGCCAUCCGCGACAUCCACGCCCUGGUGCUGUCGUCACGACGACGACGCGCCACUUGCAGCGAAGAAGGCGACGGCGUCCUCCUGCCGUACCUGUUGUUUGGGCCUCCUGGUACGGGGAAAACCGUCACGAUCGUCGAGGCCAUCAUACAAUUGCUUCGAUCCCCGCUGACGAAGAAAUCGUCCAGUUCGAUGCACAUUUUAGUCUGCGCGCCGUCGAAUGCUGCCGCGGACAAUGUCGUGGCCUGCCUGGCGACUCAAGUAUCCGCGGACAACACCAUGCGGCGUGUGAUGGCGUUCAGUCGGCGGGUCCAAGAUACCCCCGCGUCCGUGCUGCCCUUCACGACAAUCACGUGCGAUGGUGAGUCCACUUCGUUUGUGCAGCCGUCACUCGACGAGCUCAACACGACGUCGGUGCUUGUUACGACGAUUGCAACGGGCGCGAAACUGUUCAAUUGGGGCGUCCAGCGGGGGUUCUUUGACUUGAUUGUGUUUGACGAAGCUGCCCAAGCGACGGAACCGGCCGUGGUCGCGGUGGUCGGCCCCCUCGCGACCCGUGACACUGUCGUCGUGCUAGCGGGCGACCCCAAACAGUUGGGGCCCGUGGUCAAGUCGACGUACGGCGUACGGUUUGGCCUUGGCAAGUCGUUGAUGGAGCGUCUGUUGCCAGUGUAUGAAGAAGCAGCCGCCGCCGUUGGCCAUCACCCCCCCCCACCAACUACCAAACACAGUAGCCCGUGGAGUACAAAGCUCGUGCGCAACUACCGGUCGCAUCCGGAUAUUCUCGCCGUGCCCAAUGUUCAGUUUUACGACGGCGACCUCGUACCAAGUGCGCCGACGUCAGUGACGCACUCGCUGUUGACGUGGCCGCAUCUGCCCAACCCAAGUGUGCCGUUGGUGUUUCACGGUGUCGCAGGCGGCGAAGUUCAAACCAACGACUCGCCGUCGUGGUUCAACCCGCAUGAGCUACAGAUCGUGCUCGAGUACGUUGAGAAGCUGCUCGCGUAUCAAGUGCUUCCCGCAGACAUUGGCGUCAUCACGCCGUACGCCAAGCAGCGCCAGAAACUGCAGGAAACGUUCCGUCGACGCGGCGUCCCGUCGGGGGUACUCGUCGGCAGCGUCGAGCAGUUUCAGGGCGGUGAGCGUCGGGUGAUUGUGAUUUCGACCGUGCGCAGCGCCGCGGGGUACUUUGAAGACGACUCCAAGUUCCAGCUCGGGUUUGUCGCCCAUCCGAAGCGCUUCAACGUGGCCGUGACCCGUGCCCAGGCGAUGCUGAUUGUCGUGGGUAACCCCGCGGUGCUCGAGACGUCGCCAGACUGGAAGGCAUUCUUGGGGUAUUGCAUGGCGCGACGGGUGUGUCGGGGGGUACUUCCGACAUGUCACGAUGAGGAGAAGGAUGAGUGGGAACACGUCGGCAGUGACGACGACGACGAGUUUGUCCAUGAGCACGACUUGCUGGACCUAGCCGUCGCCUUGCAGCAUGACAUGGAGCGGACAGCGGAAGCCCAGCGACGCGAGAGAGAGGCGCAGUACGCGGCGUGGCGGGCGGACAAGGAAGCAAGACAUGUGGCGGAGCGCAAGCGGGUCGAGCAAAUGGAGAUUCAGGACUAUGCACGUCAUGCGAUGGCCUUGGAGGCGGCCGAAGAAAUCUACCGCCGACAAGACAUACAACGACAAGCGGAGCUCCACCGAGCUGACCAAGAGUUCCGACGCCAACAGCGCCAAGACAAUCACAACAACGCGGAAUGCAUCAUCUCGUAGAACAUGUGCUGUGAUGGUCGAUGGCAAAGUCGUCACCUGAGGGACAUGAAGUGGUUCACAAUCGAACACCUUUUUAUCAUAUGAGUGUAUACAGGACUUCAAAAAUCAAAAGUAAAAGCUGAAUUACUGUAUCGUCGAAUAGGCCGAAUCCCGUUUAACCAACAGUCGC